AUGCAUCCAAAUAAGACCCACUCUCUUAAAGAAAACCCUCCUUGGUUAAAUGGCAAAGUCAUCCACGCCUUACGACAAAAGGAAGCUGUGCGACGAAAGCUUAAAUCAUCUCCGACUGUUUCCUUAAAGACCAAGUUCAGAGAAUUACGAGCUAACGUUAAAAAAAUGGUUAAGUCUAGCCGUAAAAAUUUCUUUUCCUCCCUUGAUGUUAACUUCCAACUAAACCCAAAAAGAUUUUGGUCGAUAUUUAAGCUAACAAACAAAGAAUCCAGCGUUCCUGAGUCCAUGUCAAUGGGUAACGCUGAUGUGUCUGCUUCGUCACAAUUUCGAACUGCUUCAACCCCCAUUACCAUCGCGGAGAUAUUCAACAACUAUUUCUCAUCUGUUUUCACGAACAGUGAUUCUGAUGUAUCUUUGCCUCCUUCCCAACCACCAGCUACAGAUUCACUAUUAUCAGACGUCCAAUUUACUACAGAAGAAGUUCAGGAAACACUUCUAGCGCUUGAUACCAGCAAAGCGACUGGACCUGAUAACAUCUCGCCUAAACUUUUGAAAGAAACUGCCAACCAGAUUGCACCUUCACUAACUAAGUUAUUUAAUAAAUCUGUUAGUUGUGGAGUUGUACCUGAUGAUUGGAAGCUAGCAAACAUUGUACCUGUAUACAAGAAAGCGGAAAAGGAUCAAGUUGAAAACUACCGCCCCAUUUCUCUCCUCUCUAUAAUUUCGAAAGUUCUCGAGCGCUGUGUUCUUCGUAACAUCCGAGAUCACUUGGUAGUCUUGAUCAACAACUCCCAACAUGGUUUUAUUCCAGGAAAAUCUUGUACUUCCCAGCUGGUGGAAGUGCACGACUAUAUAGGAUCUUUACUGGACGCUGGGAAACAAACUGACGUGAUCUACAUGGAUAUGUCCAAAGCCUUUGAUAAAGUUAACCACCAAAUUCUUAUUCAUAAACUUUACAACUGCUUUGGCAUCUCUGGUAGUUUACUCGGUUGGUUCUCCUCCUACUUGUUGAACAGAAGGCAACGCGUGACUGUUCUAGGGGCUACAUCAUCUGAAAAACCUGUUAUGUCUGGUGUCCCUCAAGGUUCUAUCCUGGGUCCAAUACUCUUUCUCCUUUAUGUUAACGACCUACCUGAUGUGGUGAAUAAUGCAAAAGUAGCUUCUUUUGCUGACGACACAAAAUUAUUCAAGUGUGUCGAUUCUCACAUAGACGGUGCCUCGAUUCAAAGUGAUCUUGAUAAUCUUGAGGAGUGGUCGACUUCUUCUGGACUUGUAUUUAAUCAAAAUAAAUGCAAGUGUCAGAGAAUUACCAGGAAAAAGUCUACCACUGAAUUCCCCUACACCAUCAAAAACAAAACCCUCGCAGUAACAACAGAGGAGAAGGAUCUUGGCGUUUGGGUUACUAGUAAUCUGACAUGGUCCAAACACACCCUAGAUCGAUGUGCCGCAGCCAAUAGGAUGCUUGGGUUCGUACGUAGAUCUGCAACGGAAAUCACGGAUAAAAGGAUUCGCCGUGCAUUGUAUUUGGCAGUUGUGCGACCAGCGCUGGGCUACGCCACUCAAGUGUGGUCGCCGCAGUCGGUGGAGCUCAUCAACCGAGUGGAACGUGUUCAACGCCGAGCUUCAAAGUUUAUUCUAGGCCUCCCAUUCAUGUGUGACGUAUCCUAUAAAGACAGACUCAUUUCGACAGAACUUCUUCCCCUCUCAUUUUGGCAUGAAUAUUUAGACUUAAUGUUUUUCUUCAAAGCUAUUACUGGCAUUGUAUCGAUAUCUCAAAAUUCCUUACCUGAACGUAUUGCUCCU